AUGGCGGCGCGCUUGUCCGCCCUUCGCAGCGCCGGUCGGCAGCAGGUCUCCGCUUCAACCAUGGGCGUCAGGCAGGUGACCGGCUCCCACGUGCUGCGGAUCGACGGAUUCACGCAACUCAGCAAGACGGUGGCGAAUAACAUUGAGAUGAGAUCAGGCACGUUCAACGUCGGCGGCCACGACUGGUGUCUUGCAUGCUAUCCAAACGGUUGCUCCGAUUUGUACAAGGGCUACGUCUCCAUCUUCCUCCAGCAGGCGAGCCACGAAAAGACCGGCGCUGCCACGGCAAAGGGCCAGUUGAGCAUACUCGACCGGGACGGGAUGCCAUCGUGCACGAAACACAUAACAGAGCGCACCUUCAAGGGGCCUCCCUUCGGCUGGGGCGAAAUAGACUUCGUGAAACACGAGGAUCUGGACAAGGACAAGCAUCUCCACGACGGUUGCCUCACCGUCCUUUGUGACGUCACCGUCACGGAGCACUAUGCGGACGACCAUGUCGAGGUUGCCGCGCCAGCAGCGCCGCCGUUCGACCUGCGCGGGCAACUCGCAGAAGCCAUGUGGAAUAUCAAGAAAGUAGAUGUCGAGAUCGAGGUCGGCGGGGAGACGUUUCCCGCGCACCGGUGGGUACUUGAGGCCCAAUCGCCCGUCUUCAAGAUGGAACUGUCGCUCGCCUCGACCGCCGACAUGACCACCAAGCUACGCAUCGAUGACAUGGACGCCGACGUGUUCAAGGUUCUCCUCCGGUUCAUGUACACGGACUCGCCUCCGGAGACGAGCCAGCUCCAGGAGGCGGCCAUGGCGGAGAAGAUUCUUGUCUCCGCGGACAAGUAUAAGCUGGACAAGCUGAAACUCAUCUGCGAGAAGGCGCUGUGUCAGCACAUCGACAUGAGCUCUCUGGCUGCCACUCUAGCGUUGGCCGAGCGGCACCGUUGCUCCGUGCUGACCGCGGCGUGCAUCAAGUUCCUCUCUUCCCCUGGUAAUCUCGAAGCGUUCAUCGCGGCGGAUGGGAUCAAACAGCUAAAGGAACGUUGCCCCUCUGCUCUGUUGGAUCUCGCGGUGAAGAACUGAAGAUCAUGGCGCUACAGAAGCAUUAUGGACGGCAUCGUGUAAAAGGCUGCUAGUUGGAUAAAUAAAGUAGUUAGUCCCCAGCCUCCCCAUAGUAUUUUACUGUUAAGCAGGAUUCUAGUGCUAGAGAUAUUAUAAUACAUGCGCAUUGGUUAGAUGAAAUGUCGUCGAUUAGUUUGUCUCCAACAGAUAGAGGACUUGAUUCAGUAUGUUUUUUUUGGAAUAUGAA